CUUGACCCGUUCCUGACUCCCAUAAAGCAGCUCCCGAUCUUCAAUAUGAAAACGGGCGAGCAAACAAGCGAUUUGGUGACUCUCAACAAUCGCGUCUUCGGCAUGCCUCUCCGCGAAGAUAUUCUGCAGCGAGUCGUUGUAUGGCAGCUCGCAAAGCGUCGCCAAGGAACGCACUGCGUGAAAACGCUGUCCGAAGUGAGCGGGUCGAAUCGCAAGCCGUUCCCUCAGAAAGGAACCGGCCGCGCUCGCCAAGGCCAAAAGCGAGCUCCUCAAAUGCGCGGAGGCUACAAACCGAUGGGACCGCGACCGCGUGAUUACGACUAUCCGCUCCCUAUGAAAGGCAACUCGAUUUUUGUGGUUGUAAAACGCAGUUCGCUCGCUGGGCUUGCGCACGGCGCUGUCGCUCAAGUGGCAGGAGCAGAGCUUAAUCAUCGUGGACUCGUGCGAGCUGGAGAGCGCGAAGACGAAAGCGUUGGAGACCUCGCUGAGCAAAAUAAUCCAGGACGAUUUAGCACUCGUGAUCGACGGGAAUGA